AUGUCUUACCUGCACUUCUCUCACACUCAUGCGCGCGAGCGCACUCCUGAGAAGGAGCCUUACACUGGGCGCCCUCUUUUGCGCCGCAAUACCUACAAACGAGACCCCAGCAUCACGCUCUCGGAUCUCGACGACGGCCAUGAUGACUACCCAUACCCCGCCAACCACAAGUCCAACAAGAUCUCCAGCGCCCUGACGGUCCGCGAUCGACCUUCUCAGCUGGAACGCUACAACAUCUUGUCAAACGACACACGUAACAACGAAGACGACGAGAGACUAUACAGCUACGACAGGCACCGCACAUACCGGUACUCGGACCGUCGCCAUCAUAGCGAUGACGAAGACGCAGAAGACCGUGCUCUUCGACUCAGGAUCAGUGCUACCUUGGAUCGACCCAGCACAUCCUAUCACCACUCUCACGGGUCUCACCUCUGGCCUAGCGAGACGCUUCACCGCAGUGACAGAUGGAUUGAUGAGGCCUGGGAGACCCGUGAGCGGUCUCUGUCUCGGGAGCGCACUAGGGUCCGGCGAAACAGCUUCUGGGGAGGCUUUGAAGAGAAGGAGACGGAGACGCAAGAUGAACGAUGGAGCAGGUACCACCGAGUUAGCGAUACGAAGACGGAGGAGAUUCGCCCGCUGAGUGGAUGGCGUCGCCGCCGGAUUGUUGGAGGGAACUAA